AUGGAAGGAGAUAUUAGGGAACAGGUGCAGGUGGCACACGAGGAGGUGACGGCGGCCCUGGGGCCGGGCGUGUUGGCAGAUGGGGCUCAAGCGGGAAGCAGGACACACCGGGUCCGUCGCUACUUGACAAAUGGGGUGAGCGAGGCGGUGCUGCAGUAUAGACUCUCGCUGAUGGAACGGCCGGUGCCCCUGCUGGUGGAGGAUAUUCUAGAACCUGGGAGAAUGCCGGCACCCGUGGACCAGCCAGAUCACCCGACACAGCCCAGGCAUGGUCUACGAUUGCACUGCGCGGGAGUGGCAGGAGCCGACGGCGCUGCAAAGGGAACUAGCCAUGGGGUUCAUGGUGGACGCUACGGCGCACCCGGAAGUAACAGAGGAAGAGAGGCGGAGGGCGCUGGGAAGAGCCAUGGAUACGUGAUGCAUUGGCUGGUAGCCACCAUGAGGAUGUACCAUUCACAACUGCGAUGGGAAAGGAAGCGGGACAAGGCGGCAGCAGUGCAACCGCCAAUAGAAAGGUCACUCGCGAAGGAGGCGCUGGCGCGGGCGAUGUUAGUUGAGAUCCAGGAACAUGACGAGCGGCAGCACGAGCGGGGGCACCCGCUGGACAGGAGGUGGGUCUACCCUUGGGAGGAGGAGGAUGAGAGACCGGUGGUGUAUGCAGAACAGGAAGAAAUCUGGCUCCCAGGAGACCGGGAGGAGGAAGCAGUGGACAAGAAGCGGGAGGACUUCAGCUGGUUGGAAGAGGCGAUCGAAAGGCAGCGGAGCAGGGAGAGGUACGAGCGGGAAUUUGGGUUUAGUGACUUCGCGCUCAUGGCUGCAACGAAAGAGGACGGUCCCACAGGGGUGGAGGCACAGGGCGAGCAGACGACUGGGGGCACAGAAGUGGCACAGCAGUCGGCAAGGGGGACAGAAAGAGCGGAGCAGCCGAAGGAGGAGCAGUAG